AUGGAAGCAGGUUCGUUGCUACAGGAGGCUCUCUUGCGCCAAGCAGAACGUCACGAGCUUGCUGAUGUGGAUCACGAUUCCUUGUGGCUGGACGUGCACGUCUUACCAUCUGAUGAGACCGAAAUUCAAGUCUUGCUUCGAUUGGCGGCUCUUGCCAAAGAGUUGAAUGCCUUUUUUCAAACACAGCGUUACCAAUGGCAUAUGGGUGGAGAUGGUCCCGUCUUUGGCAUUCAUGGAAGCGAGCAAAUCCCCCACUUGCGUGCCAUUUGUCGGUACGGUGCCAAUGUGGCGGACGAAUGGACGGCCGUGGAACUGGUGCGACAAUUUACAGAGCAAUCAUCACAGAUUGCCGUGGAAUGCUGGGAUGUGCAGGAUGGACAGAUUCUCCUCAUUGAGAGUGCCAAUGUCUUGCCUUCCUGGGUGGAUGAUGUGGGGCCAGAAGCUAUGCGGCACAGAUGUUGGGUUCAAAAUGGACAAAUACAAUUAUUGCCAGUAGCACCUACCAAUUCCAAUUCCAGUACCAACAAUCAGACCCACAACCUGGGGUUGCAGGAGGCAUUGAAAACGCUACAAAAAGGAGGCAGCCAAGUGCAGAAUCCUGGCAGAGUUCAAGAGGCCAUUCGAGACUGUGUUGCUCGGUUUGUACCAUCCUACAUCCUGAGUAAAAGCCAACAACCAGACAAGGCCAAAACAGCGAGCACUCAUGAGCACAAGGCUGUCAUCGCACUCCCCCGUCCGGUUGCCUACUUGAUUCACCGAAGACCUGAUUUGGUCAAUGCAGCUAUUAUUGCCUUUGCCACCUAUACGCUCCAACCAGAACUCAAAACUAUACAAAAGAAAAAGAGCAAGAACCCAUCCUCCAAAUCUUCCACCACACAAACCACCUCCACAACAAGUACAAGUAGUAGUAUCGAGUGCGAAGAUUGGGUCUUUACAACCCACAACUUUUCUCGCACCAACUAUGCCAUGCUCCGAACGCUAGUAUCAGCUCACGCUUGGAAAACUGAAACCACAGUCCCAAAAGCCUAUCAAUCGGUAGAGCUACGACGGAUACAACGACAAUGUGCCGUCGAAGCCACGCCUCAUCUGUGUCAUGCCGUACAUAUCGGUGUGCGAUUGGUGGCUGGAUUCAAUGAGCUGCUGCAUGUAGCAACCCUGCAAUCAUCCUCCACGGAACGCCGCGUCCUCCACUACUGGCCACGCCUACUGCGAGAGUUGUGGGGGAUGGAAUCAGCCACUUGGCUGUUGGAUGCUUGGAGAAUGGGGCCCAAUCACGCCGUUCACGACAUUAGCAAUAUCAUGCAAUGUCCAGUGGUGGCGGAAGAGCUCGUGGGCGAAAACAUAUGCCCGUUGUCGCAUCCCGAUACAUCCCUGGCGGCACAAAUACAACGCGAGCUCAAAAAGGUGGACAGCGAACAGCUAGACUUUGUCGUUCCACGUCAAGAUGAAGUGGAUCCAAAUGAAGAUUGGAUGUUGUUCACCGUGGAGACCAUGGAAAAACAAGUACGCGGCACGUUGUUGGUGGAUCCCAACGACAACGACAGUGCUGCAUCCAAAACAACACGACAAGAUGAAGAAAAGGAACAAGCUGCUCAACUCGAUACAAUGCUGAAUGCUGUUCAAGACUUUAUGGGAGACAAGAGUGGGCCGGAAGGAGUUUCGUAUGAUAAGCAGAAGGUCUCAAGGACAGACGCUACUGCUGCUGAUGACAACGAUGAUAUCCCUGUUGAAAUCCAGCCUCGAGUCUUUCUGAAUUUGCUGAAAACGGUGCUAGACCCAUCUACAACUACCAAUGAUAUUGUUUUUCCUGUGGGCAAGGCGACUUCGCUGGAUGGGGACGGAAAUGACGAAUUCUUCUCGGGCGAUGACUACCAAGCCAUGUUACCAGACGAGGGUGAAGACGACGACGAAAGCAAUGACGCCGUUGACACUGACGUUGUAGAGCUAAUGGCUGCUAUGGACGCGGAGUUGAAGGGCACAGCAGCAGCUUCGGUGGCGGUGGACUCUGAAGCCCUCAAUGACGCGGGAGUACUCUUAGGGACUGACAACGAUUCAGGGGAAGAAUCACGCCUUUUGCUAAACCUGUUGCAGUCUCUGGACGCAGGAUCGGGUGGCCCUGGUCCUGUACGAAGCAUGAUGAAUGCAAUGGGACAGGAACCUCCUUUGCUGGUGACUUCGGACGACGGCGAACUGAAACAAGGAAGCGAAAGCAAUGGCGAUCAAGGUGGGUAG